GGAUGAGGACAGCAAACGCUGCAGCACUGCCAGAAGUAGCCGAGCGGCGGUACGAAACCACCGUCCGUGAACGCUCGGACCAACGGCGACGGAGGCGGGACCGGGAGACGCGCGCUCCCGCCCUCUGGAUCGUUUUGCUGGCCUGCCCGGACUCGGCGCUCGGCUGGGCACGCCUGCGCGGCUGCCAUGGAGACGCGGCCGCGGGCCAACCGGCUCCGCCCCUGCCCCGCAGCGCCCGGCCCCGCGCCCCGCGCCCCGCCCGGCUGUGCGCGCGCCCCCGAGGCCCCUUCGAGGCGCGCCCCCGAGGCCCCUACGAGGCCCCUCGGCGCGGGCGACUGGGGCGCCGGCCGGCGACCGGAGGCGGGAGCCCAGGGGCCCCCCAGCUGCCUGGAGCAGAAGCAGGACCCUGGUGGCUGGUGUCUGCCUGGGCGAGAGCUGAGGACACAGGACUGGCUCCAUCAGAGAGGCCCCGUGGCACUGGAAGCCGACCCAAGCACGGAUCAGCGGAGGGCAGUUAUGGGGACGGAGCUCAACAUCUGUGUAGCUGUACGAGGUCAUCUCAGGCAGGGCACCAGAUACAUAAGUUAAGUGGGCCGAGCCGUGGUGUCGGAAUCGCAGUGGACACCGGCCAGGCCUCCCCAGCUGGGAGCCUAGUCCCUGGCGGCUGGACAUCUGAUAAAGCGCGGUCCAGGGCGCCCCUGUGCCGCUCGCUGGUUCUCAGGUCUUGACAGCGCCCCGAGGCUCCUCUCAAGUUCCCUCGCAUUGCAUCCCUCCUGAGGGUGUUGCCUAAGCGUGGCCCGAAUUCGUGCUUUUUACCACUGAGCUAAGUAAGGAACCGUCAGAGCCGAGGGCUGCCGAGGUGGUUGAUGAGUGCCCGACGUGCAGAGCAGUGGGCGGCUGCGCACGCCCAGGACUGGCUCCGCGAGGCCCGGCGCGCGGGCGCCCAGGCGCGGGGAGCUGCGGGCCAGGGAUGAGCGGCCGCGUGCCGCUGGCGGAGAAAGCUCUGUCGGAGAGCUACGCCCGGCUCCGGUACCGGGACGCCUCCCUGCUCAUCUGGCGGCAGCAGCAGCAGCAGCUGGAGUCGGCGCCCCGUGGCACCUACCUGAGCCGGAGCCGCAGCAUGUGGUACUCGCAGUACGGAAACGAGGCCAUCCUGGUCCGGGACAGACACAAGCUCGGAGUGUCCCGGGACACGGGCCAGUCCAAGUUCUGUGCAAUCAUGUAAUUCCCGGUGGGACACCCGGGCCCAGGCGCUGAGCUGUGCGGCGAUCAGGCCACGCUUCCCUCCCGGAGUGGCCUUGGCGGUUUCCAGGCCUUACUGGGAGAUUCUGGAGAGUGGACGCGAAGCCCCAGCUGCGCUUCUAGAGCCCAAGAAUGCCCGCCGGGGCUCCCAAGCCGUCUCCACGCAUCACGCGGCCGGCGGACCCGGCUCCGGGCUCGCUGCCAGCCCUGCCAGCGCGCCGGAGACGCGGCUUUUCUCUUAGGUUUCCAAGCAGACCCAGCAAGAGGGUCUUCACACAACCUUUUCAGAACUUUCCAGGUCGUUUCCAGUAUUCCCUUCUGCCUGGUAAAGAACGGGACAGAUCUAGAAGAAGGUGAAGGAGUUCGCGUCAGGCCCGGCCGAGCAUCGCGUGCGGGGCCAGGCGGGGUCAGCGGCCAGCAGCAGCCCCGCGGCGGGGCCUUCGGCGACGAGGAACCGGCGUCCCGUGCAGUGCACGGCGGCAGCUUCUACGCCAGCUUCCACGUACUCGAGGGCGAGCAUGCCAGGGCACCCACAAACAUUCCAGAAACCAAGAGUUAUCCUUAAGUUCCGCGUCCGCUGCUUACGGAGAUUUCGGACAGAAUCUCAGGGCUGCAAAGGGCAGGCUGGGCCUCUGCGGGGAGGCGGCAGCCCGUCGGCCCUGUGGCGCCCCCGUGAGGGCAGUUCUUGGGAGGCAUUUGCAAAGGAUGUGCGGUCCGCUGUAACUGGUCUGCGUGGCUUUGCAAAUGUGGGAGUAUCUUUUGUCAGAGCUGAUUUUUCUAAAUAAAUAUGCUUUGGGACACUCCUUCCUUCCCCACUCUUUUACCUGUUUGUUCAGAAUACGUUGAGUUGGCUUCAGGUUUUUUUCAGUAACAGGAGAAUCUAAUGAUUGCUACAAACCCCAUUACAGAAAUGCAUAAAGCACAGCAAAAGUGUCCUGCGCAGACGACCACGAGCAGCAGCUCUGCGUGUGCAACCGUGCACGGUUCUGAAGGCACGGCCUGCACUGCGCAUCUCGUCCUGGAGGUUUCCUCUUGCCCAGCCGUCCAGACGGACAUCUACGUCAUGCUUUGAAUGUCUGACCGGCAGCACUCCCAUGAGCCCACAGGAGGGCAGAGAUACUUCCCGUUGCUGCCCUGCACACAGCAUGCCGUGAGCCUCGUCGGACGUGGAUCUUUUUGUGGGUGUGCAAGUUCAUCAGCAAGCAUCCCGGAAGUGGAACUCUGGGUCAGAGCACGUUCCCCAAAUGUCAAAACGUCCAGCCAGAGGCUAGGCCUUAGUGAUGGAUCCUCGGCUUGCCUGCUGUGUGGGUCAGGAGGCUUAAAGUCACGUUUCCUCAAUCUCCUCCCGGAGUUGAAGAGGGAAGCUGGCCCCAUCUACACCGAGUAAGAUCUGCCGUAAGGGCCUGCUUGCCCAGCAGCCCUGACACUGGGAUCACCCGGUAGAUCGUUUGCUCAACAUCUUUGCAGUUCAGUCUAAGUCCUGCUUGGGAAGAAAGCAAACUGCAGAGACUCGUCUGGAAUGCCUUUGCUGUAUGUUGAUGUGAGCCUCAGAUUAACCUGAGUACGGGGGGCAGUUAGUCUGACCCCAGGCACGGAAAGCACCUGGGAAGACAAGCACUGGCCACGGCCGAGGUCUGCAUAGGUCAGGGUGUGCAGGUGACCGACGUGCACUGGCCGCCCAUACGACAGCAGGUGCUACGCUGCUCAGAGCCUAGGAAGCCACCAUCUGCCAAAGGGGAGCCCAGGCGGCUGGUUUCCCCGGCCGGGGCUGGAGCCACCGAAGUGGACACGGCCCAGUCCCCGUCCUUGGGGAGGUCAGUCUGGAUGAGGUGGGGAAGAGUCUGCACAAGGAUGGCACGUGCUGAGGGGAUGCUGGAAGGGUGCCUG